UCCGCACUCCACCCACGGUCACUCUGUUUUUCGCGUCUCAUCCGCGGCUGAAUGUCUGCACAUUUCACAGAAAACUAAGCAUAUUUUGUACAUUUCGCACCGCUCCACUUAAAUUUCACCACUGCUUGACAAGGAAUAAGGUGCGAAUAUGGAUCUCAGCGGUCCACAAACUCUGGACCAAAUACUUCAGCCCGACGAGUUGAAACUCGUGCCGGAUGACGUCCAGAAGAAAUUGUCGGCGUACAUAAAGAAUUUCUCGGAUGAGUACUGCAAGGAGCGGGCGGCCGCCAACCGCCUGGCCGAAGCUGAGCAAAAAAGCGAAGAUCUGGAGAACAAGAUGGAGGACUACCUGGUCAAGUUCAACAACUUUGAGCUGAAUGUCAAUGAGUUGCGCACCCAGCUGGACCAAGUGUCCGCGGAACGGUCCCAUCUCGUUGAGACGGUCAAGGGCUGGGAGCAGAACGUGGCCCAGUUGCGUAAGGAAAAGAUCGCGGCCGUCGAGGAGCUCGAUGUGCAGAAUAAGGUCAUCGAGCACAAGCAGGCUGAGGUGGAGCGCCUGAAGCUGGACGUCGAGACCUUCAAGCAGCAGCUGGGAGCGGCCAUCGCCGCCAAAUGCGAGAUCAUUGCCCGCGUGGACGAGAUCCAGAGCAAGGAGGCGGCCCUCGAAUACAGGGAGAGCCGCAUGGAGACCGAACGCAAAAUGCUGCAGCAGGAGAAUCAUUUGCUCAACGCCGAUCUGAACCGGAAAAGCUCCGAGCUGCAGAACAUCCGGCGGGAGCACUCGCUGCAAACCAUGCACCUAGAGUCGCGCCUCAAGGACACCACCGACGCCCUGGAUCUGGUGCAGAGACAAUAUGCACAGGCGAGCACUACCAUUGAGGAAAUGAACCGCAAGCUGGAGGCCCAACACGAUGUCACCUACAAGCAGAACCAGGCCACGGAGGAGUACGUGGAGAUGCUGAAGAAGGAGCUCGAUGCCAAGGAGAAGCUGUUCCAUAUCUUCAAGACCACUGAGGCCGAUCACUUGAACCAGCGGGAGGAGCUGCUCCAAGGCAUCGCCGAUGUAAAGCGAAUGCUGUUCGAGUCCGGUGAGCUGAACGAAAAACUAGAGGAGGAAAUGGCGGCCCUUAAGCAAACACACGUCACCGAAUUGGAAGAGAAAAACAAGCGGAUCGAGGAUCUGCAGCGGCAGCUCGUUUGCGCCAACGAUUUGCUGAAGGAGGCCCAGGAGAGCACCCUGGAGAGCGCCAUCUGCAAGCUGGCACCCACUGCGGCGGUGGCCAGUCGCCUCAUGCGCACCGAUCUCUCGCUCACCGAGCUCUACUCCAUGUACGCCAAGAACUGCGAGGAGCUGGAGUUGCGGAACCGCGAGAACGAGCAGUUGCGGCUGCAGGUCAAGUCCAUUAUUGACGAGCUCAACGAGAAUGCUCCCCAGUUUGAGAAACAGAACUCCGAAUUGCAGAAGCUGAAAAAUUACCACAUCCAGCUGCUGCAGGAGCACGAUGAGUUGGCCGACAAGAAGAUCUCCUUGGAGCACGAGCUGGAACGAACCGUCUGCAACCUGACUCACUGCCAGAAGGAGAACAAGAAGCUUAAGCAGACGCACAGCGACCUCAGUCGCCAGGUGUGCAUGCUGCUGGACGAGCUCAACUGCUUGAGGGCCGGAGUAGCCAGCGUCCGCAGGAAGCCGCUAUCUGAGCCAACCUCCAGCGAUGGUGUCAUCGACACCCUGGUCACUUUCGCUUCCAUACAGGAAUUGGUCGACAGAAACACCCAACUGCUGGCUGUAUCCCGCGACCUUGCCGAAGCGUUGGAGGCCAAUGAAAAGCAUAACGACAAGAUCGUGCUGGAGCAGUCCGAGAAACAGGUGAAGAAGCUGAACGAACGAUUUGCCGAAAUGGAGGAGAUCGUUGCCCAGAAGAACAACACCAUAACCACAUUGCUCUCCAAGUGUGAUCGCUACAAAAAGUUCUACUUCGCGGCCCAGAAGAAGCUGGGCCAAAAGACUGUCGACCUGGACGAUCCCAAUCUGCAGCUCAACGAAUCUGUGCUGGACACUUCAACGGUGUCAAACGCCCAGGUGGAGGAGAAAAACGCGCUGGAGCUAAGAGUGCGCCAGCUGGAGCAGCAGCUGGAGGAGGAGGUCAAGAAGUAUGCCGCCCUCAAGGAGAACUACGACUACUACACCAGCGAGAAGCGCAAGAACGACGCCCUUGCCCAGGAGCAGUUCGACGCCAUGCGCAAGGAGCUCCGAGAGCUGACCAGCAGCAACUGCAAGAUGAUGAAUGCCUCUGAAUUCCAGAAGGAGCAGAUCAAAAUGCUGCACACCAACAUUGAAACCUACAAGCAGCAGGUGAGCACUCUGGAGGAGCGCACGAAGUGCUACGAGAAGACCAUAGUCAAGCACGAGCAAACCGUGCUCAUGCUCAAGGACGAGGUGAUGGACGCCCACCGCAAGCAGGCAGCUGCCGAUUCGGAGGCCCACAGCCUGCGCCAGGAGAGCCGCAUCCUCAAGGACACCGCCGCCCGCCUGCAGAUCGAGAAGGAGACCUACCACCGCGAACAGCAGAGUCAGUCGCUGCUCCUGAACAGCCUGGAGUUCAUAAAGACCAACCUGGAACGAUCCGAAAUGGAGGGACGCCAGCGCUUGGAGCAGCGUUUGGACGACACGGUGCGCGAGCUCGCAGCCCAGCGUCGCCACUUCCAGGAGGAGGAGGACAAGUUCCGCGAGUCCAUCAACGAGUUCAAGCGACAGGCGGAGACGGCCACCAAGCUGAAAGAGGAGGAGAGGCAGCAGGCCGAGAAGUGGCAGGCGGAGCUGGCGGCCGUCCGCGAAGAGCUGGCCAAGAAGGUCACCCAGGUCAAUGAGCUAAGCAAAAAGCUACAGGACAGCCUCACGCCCUCCAUCAACGAUAAUCCCAUCUCGGCGGCCAACAAGCGAGCCCGCGAAUUCGAGCUCAAACUGGAACAGGCCCUCGUGGAGAUCGCAUCGCUCACCAAGGAGCUGGCCAAUGCCCGCGAGCAUGGCGAGCAGUUCUACAAGAUGUCGCAGAGUGCCGAGAGUGAGAUCAAGCGGCUGCACGACAUGCACAGCGAACUGGUGGCCAAGCAGGAGGAGCAGAUCAAGGCGCUGCAAAGUUCCGAGGCGGAGCUGAAGACGCGCAUCGCCGACCUGGAGGCGGAGGCCAUGCUGACCAAUGUCACCGAGCAGAGCAAGACUGUCAACCAGUCCGGCCAGCUGAAGAUGGCCCAGGAGGAGCUGAAGAGUGUGCUGGAAAAGCUGACGGAGGCCAAUCGCACCAUCCGCACGCUGCGUGCCGAGAACACCACUCUGGCCGAGUCCCUGAGUGCCGUCGAGGUGAAGUACGCCAACGGCAUGGUGCAGCACUCGGCGGACAUCCAGGAGCUGACCCGGUUCAAGGCGGAGUUCUACAAGGUCAACGACGAGCUGAAUCAGUUGAAGUCGGGUCGCGCAUCCCUGCAGGCCGCCUACGACGAGCUGCUGCGCUCCAAUGCCGAGGCCCAGAAGCUGCUGGACAAGGAGAAGGAGCAGUCGGAGCAGCGCGUGGCCGACUUGCAUGCCCUCAAUGCCAGUCUGCAUGAUCAGAUCGAAGCGCUGGCCACCAAGCUGACUGUCCUGGCCAGUCAAGUGCAAAACCCGAACGCUUCCCUCAAUGAAUCUAGCGUGGAUGCGGACCAGAGCCUGAAUUCCUCUGGACUGGCCGGCGGCGAGGAGGGCAGGAACAACGAGCAGCUGCUGAAGAUCAUCAAGUUCGUGCGCAAGGAGAAGGAUCUGUUCGCCGCCAAGCUGGACAUCCUGAAGGCGGAGAACGCACGUCUCGUGUCGGAGCACACGCUGCAGCAGAAGAAGCUGGACGAGCUGAAUGGCUUUCUGAACCAGGAGCGCGCCAAGAAUCAGACCAACAUGUUUUCAACCCACAAGCACGAGGAGGUGCUGCGCAAGAUCGAGACACUGGACGCUAUCACCGACAGCAAUCGCAUCCUGCGCGAGGAGCGCAAUGCCUUGAGCCUGACCGUCGCCGAACUGACCAACCGCAUCAAGAGUGUGGAGAAGGAGCUGUUCCCGUUGCAGUGCAGCAACAAGGAGCUGUCCUCGAAGGUCGAGGAGAUCAAUGGGGAGAACAACACGCUGCGCACCGAGGCCAUCAAGUGGCGGCAGCGGGCCAAUGCGCUGGUGGAGAAGAGCAACCGCAACCCGGAGGAGUUCAAGCGACUGCAGGCCGAGCGCGAGCACCUGGCCAAGCUGCUCACGGCCGAGAAGGAGCUGAGCAAGAAGCAGGCGGAUGAGCUGGCCCUGCUCAAGCAGCGCCUGGACACGGAGAUUCCGUCGCUGAACAAGCACUUGCAGUUGCUGGACGAGGCGCGCAAGAAGCAGGCGGACGAGUCCACCAAUCUCAAGCAGAGCAACACGCGCCACACGCAGGACAUCAUGGAGCUGAAGAACCGCCUGCUCCAGAAGGAGGAGGAGCUGCUGAAGGCCAACGAGGAGCUGGAGACGAAGGACAAGGCCAUGGCGGACAAGGACACCAAGGAGCUGCAGCUGCGCAAGCUGGCCAAGCGCUACAAGGACUACUACAUGGGACUGCAGGCCCAAACCGGCGGAGCCGAGACCAUCGCCGAGCUGGAGAAGGUUCGCGCCGAGUUGGAGGAGGUCAAUGGCCAACUGAGAGCACUGAAGGAAGAGCAGGAAAAGCUGGCCAAGGAAAACGAGGAGCUGAAGAAACGCCCUGAGCCCGAAACGGAUGUCACCGCCGUGCGCCAGGAGUACAAGGCCAAGCUGGACAAACUGGUGGUCGAUCUGACCGUGGCUCGUACCGACUUGGCCAACCAGGAGACCACCUUUGCCGGCACCAAGUCCUCCUACGACGAGACCAUCGCCCGCCUGGAAAAGGAGCUGCAGGACCAUAUAGCCGCCAACAAGGACAUCAACCAGCGGCUCACCCGGGAAAACGAAUCGCUGCACAUGAGAAUCAACCAGCUGACGCGCCAGCUGGGCUCGCAGCAGUCCACCAAGCCGUCGACCAGCUCCGUGGCCGAGAAGGGCAACAUCUCGGAGAGCUCGCCGCGCACGGCCAACGUGAAGCCCAUGUCCGGCUCGGCCACGGUGCAGCAGUCGGCCACCGUGACUCCGUGGCGCGGCGGCGAGACCCCGUUGGCCAGCAUCCGCCCGAUUUCGGUGCAGAACAGUCGCACGGCCGCCAUUCUGCCCACCAGCCAGCAGCCGCCGGCUGGCUCCAGUGCGUCCACCUCCUCGUCGUCAUCUUCUUCGUCCACGUCCACCACCUCGGCUGCGGCCAGCGGCGGCAGCUCGGCGGUGGCCCAGACCGCUCUGGUGCCGCCCCAGCAGCAGGUUCACACCACUGGAAGUGGUGCCCUGGAGUCGAUGGCCUCCUCUUCGCCCACAUCCUCGCACACCGAUUACAUGCCAUCGACCAGCUCGGCCUCGGUGGCCGUGGCUGCCAUUCCGCCGAUGGGCGCCACAUCCGCGGCCGAAAGUUCCCAGGAGGCGGAGAGCAUCCAGCAUCCGCAGCAAAACGAUUCGCAGUUGUUCGUGGGCGGAGCCCAGCAGCAAGUGGUGGCCCUGGUUUCGCCGCGCGUCGAGGGAUCCUCGUCGUCGUCCAGCUCCACGUCGGCGCCGAAUGCCACUGCGCCGAGUGUCCAGGAUGGCGGCAGCCAGAGCCAAUUGCCCAGCACUUCGGGCAGCAGCAGCAGCUCCUCCACGGUGGUGAGCAGCCACAGCAGGCACACCCCGUCCAGCAGCAAUGUGACGACCACCCAGGCCGGCUGCUCGUCGCAGGGCAUCAAGCGACCACGCGACGUCGAGGGUGACUCCUCCACCACCAACGAGGAGGGCGGGCCCGAGAAGAUGGCCAAGAUGACGAAGCGCCUUCGUGGCGGCCCAAUGCACAGUGGCGAACUGUCGGCCGGGCACAUUGGCGACUCCGGCAUGGAUGUCGACCAGAUGCCCACCUCUUCGCAGCGCGACCAGGAGGAUGACAUUCAGGUGGUGGACUCGGACGACGAGGAGGACGUGCUGGCCGACGCGGACGAUGGUCCCAUCGACGGCGGCGAGGCCGAACAGGAGGGCUACGAGGAUUCCUACGAGCAGGACAACGAGAUGGACGACAACGAGGGUGCCGACGACGACAACGACAUAGCUGUGGAUGCCCAGGACAACAACGAGGUGGACAUCGAGGAGGUACCGGAGCAGCACAUGCAGGCGCAGGAGGAGAGCCAAUCGCUGGACAGUCAGGCCGUGGCCACCGCCUCCGCUUCCGCGCAGGAGAACAACCAGAGCCAGGCCAUCACCAGUGGCAGUGGCGAGUCCUCGAAUCCGGUGACUCUGCCGCAGGCUGAGGUCUCCAACUGGAAACAGGCAGCUGCAUCCACAUCCUCGGCAGCGGCCAGACGCAACGAAAGCUCCGUGGAGAUUGUUAGCUCACCGCAGGUGUCGAACUUCAGUGAGCAGCCAGCCGCCCGCUUGGAGAGCGCCGAAGUGGAUGGCACCGCCGAGGUGGCCGAGGGAGCUCCCCACGACAGCGCAGGGCCCAGCAAUGAGGGAGCCGCUACUGCCAGUUCGCCACAAAAACAGGGCGAGGCAGGCGAGAGCAGCGGCAGCGGCGAUGCCAACAAAACAGCCGAUGAGGGUGAGCUCGCUGGAGGAGCGGAGAACGCCAGCGAGGCGGACGAGGCCUUCGCCGAGGAGACACUGGCCGCUGGCCAAGGAGAAGACUCCCAGCCACUGGGCAACGAUAAUCCAAAUGUGGGCACCAGCCAGUCGGAGGUGUCCCAUAACCAGGCCAAUCUCGCCGAGGGCAACCCCACCGAGGACAGCGAGGGCGCCGAUGGCGUCUCGUCCGAGGGUGAGAAGCAGGCGGUGGGUGUUGAGGAGGAGGGUCGCGAGGCGGAGGCCACGUCGCCGUCGGAGAACACCAGAUUUCGCACGCUACGCAGUGCGGUGCCCACGCGACGCGGAGGUCGCAUCAUAGUGCGCGGCGGCAGUCCCAACAACCAGAACCGGCCGCAGCGGAUCGUCUGGCAGCGGGAGACGUCGCCGGGCAACAUGCAGCGGGAGCAGGGUAACAUGCCGCCCAACAGUAAUCGGUUCGCCCAGCGUGCCCGCAGCCGACGGCCCAUCCGUCGUCCGGCGCCGAACAACUUCAACAGCGGCGGACGAUUCCCCUAGGACGAGGAGUUCGGCUGCCCCGCAGACGAAAGUGAAAGUCUGCUGUAGGCUGACUAUAAUCAAUGCGCUUACUGGGCUAGAUAUAAGUCUCCUCGCAUUUAACUAUUAUUAUUAUUAUUAUUCUAAAUUAAUGCUCUUACAUUUACAUUUACAUUUACAACUCAACAUUCUCCCGUUUGCAAGUCUUGAUACUUUGCUGCUGUCAAGACGCAAAGAGCUUCGGCUCUUGUACAUUCAUUUAGCUGAAUAAAUAUUAAUGUAACUGAGAA